AUGCUCCAUGAAGCAGAUAUUGCAGCUGUUAGGCGAGCUUUAGAAAAGGCCGGAGCUCCAUUUGAAAAUUCACUGCUUCCACUGGACUCAAUCGACUUUGGAGAAAAGUUUAAUGAUUUACUUGCAAAAAAGACUGUUUUUGCGGACAAAGCCAAAGAAGUGAAGCAACGAUGUUCUACUUUUCUUGUACGCUUAGUAAGAGAAUUAGUUGACAGGUUACCGCUUAAUGUGUCGGUGGUGGAAAAAAAUGAACCUUUUGCACCAAGCCGCGUAUGCCUCUCAACCGGCAAACCCAACAUUAAAUAUUUUCCCUGGCAGUUAGGUGAUCCUAAUAUUGACCGAGAAGCUGUUAUGAACCAAUGGCGCAUAUUAAGCACUAUGCGCAUUGAGGAGAUAAUCGGAACCGCUGCUUCUCCUAAUGACAUUGUAAAUUUUUGGAUACAAGUGCUAAAAAUGAAGAAUGCUGGUGGAAGCCUGAUGUUUAAAGAACUAGCAGAGUUUUCGAUACUAUGCCUUUCAUUACCUUUGAGUAAUGCCGUCGUUGAAAGAAUUUUCAGAGUAAUGGGGACAAUCAAAACAAAAUUAAGGAAUCGCAUGCAACUACCCAUGCUUAUCGCAAUUCUUAGGAUUCGUACCCAUAUGAAUGUAAGAGGAGUAUCUGUAAAGCUUCUAACACAAAGAAUGUCAAGUCAAGAAGACGCACCUUUGCCAGAGGGUUGGGAGAUGCGAACUAGCCGAUCAACGGGGAUGACGUACUUUCUCAACAUUUACACAAAAAAGUCGCAAUGGGAACGGCCUGAAGCACCAGCUGAUCCUGGGGAAGUUCGAUGCAGCCACAUCUUAGUUAAACAUGCUGAAAGCCGCCGCCCUUCUUCAUGGCGUGAAGAAACAAUCACCAGAACCAAAGACGAGGCUAUGGACUUGCUUAAAAGUUACCGUAAGCAGAUAGUUACAAAUGAAUCAACAUUUGUAGAUAUUGCAACAAAAUAUUCUGAUUGUUCAUCUGCAAAACGUGGCGGUGAUCUUGGAAUGUUUGGACGUGGACAGAUGCAACAGCCAUUCGAAGAAGAAGCAUUCAAACUUAAAGUUGGUCAGCUGAGUAAACCAGUAGAAACGGAAUCAGGCUAUCAUAUUAUUUUAAGAACAAUGUAG